AUGUCCUAUCUUGAAAGCACUGACUAUGAAUUUAUUAAAUAUGGGAUAACAUUCAAAGGAAUACUUGACUCAGAUAGUCAAUUUAAUCCCGAUUUCUACAAUUGGCAUAAAGUUUUUGUGCACUACUGUGAUGGCUCGUUGUUUUUGUCAGACGUCGACCAAGUUGAUCCUACUAACAACAUCACAUUCCGAGGUGGGAGGAUCUAUAAUGCUGUAAUGGAGGAGAUGCUUGACAAAGGAAUGUGGAAUGCUCACAAUGCUAUGUUGACGGGUUUCUCAGCAGGUGGAUUGAGCACAAUCCUACAUUGUGAUAGAUUCCGAGCCCUCUUUCCAAAUACUACAAGAGUCAAGGAAGGUGAAUUGGCAAACCAAUCAGACAGCCAUUUUGCUGGAGUGAUUGCUGCAAAUGAACUUAGAGCAUUAUUGCCUAGUUCAUGCGCUUCUAAAAGGGACCCCAAUUUGUGUCUCUUCGCCGAGUAUUUGGUUGAAGAUGUUGCCACUCCACUCUUUAUAGCUGAAUCAGCUUUUGAUAUGUUCCAGAUUGCAUACGACUUCAUAUUAACUAUUCCUGGUCUGGAUCCAAGAAAAUGGGAAAAUUGCUCACGUUCCUUGGAGCAGUGCAAUGCUACACAAAUAGGAAUAAUAAAAGAUUUUGGAACUAUUUUCAAGAAGACAUUAAUGAAACUCAAUAACUCUUCGAGUAGAGGGGUAUUUUUGGAUUCGUGCUAUCUUCAUACACAUAUCUUGCAAAGCUAUAACUGGAUAUUCUUUCCGGUACUUGACAAUAAAAGUGUAGGAAAAGCUAUUGGUGAUUGGUUUUAUGAUCGAAGUAUAUUUCAAGAGAUAGAUGCUCUUAAUUUAUAUCCACAAUAUUGUUAUCCCCUUUCAAAAAAAUAAUUGGCCGGUCUUCUUGUUUGAUUAUGCUU